AUGCAGAUGCUUUGGCGCUCCAAGCCUUCCAAGGAAGCCAAAGAAGCCAAGGAAGCCUCUGAACAGGACACCUCCAUCACCCGCACUACCUCUACCACCUCCGCCUCGUAUAAUGACCCAGCUGCCUCCGCCGACCAGGCAGCUGGCACUGCUUGGCUGGCUGGUCACUUGCACCAUUUAACCCCCGAACAAGAGAAGAAGCUGGUCGAGUUCAAGAAAGUCAGUGCUGAGCGUGGGUAUUAUACCCCCGCUGUGGAGCAGGCAGAGGGUGUGGAGGCAAAAGAUGCGAGCCACGACGACGCGACUAUGCUGCGCUUUUUGCGCGCGCGGAGGUUCGACGUCGAAGGCGCUUGGGGACAAUUCAAAGAUACCGAGGAUUGGCGCAAAGAGAACAAGAUCGAGUCGCUCUAUGCGAACAUUGGCAUCGAUUCAUACGAGGCCGCACGCAGAAUGUAUCCCCAGUGGACUGGCCGCCGCGACCGCCGCGGUAUCCCUGUCUAUGUCUUCGAGAUCCGGCAUCUUAACUCCAAGGAAAUGGCUGCUUACAACUCGACCGUGAGCCAUAGCGCCCCCGAGACUCACAAGUCUUCAACUGUGCCCGCUCGUCUCUUGAACCUGUUCGCCUUAUAUGAGAAUCUCCUGCGAUUUGUUAUGCCUCUCUGCUCAUCUCUGUCACGUCCCAACCCCGAGACCCCAAUUGUCACCUCCACCAACAUCGUCGAUGUAAGCGGCGUGGGACUUAAGCAGUUCUGGAAUCUAAAGGGCCACAUGCAAGAUGCCAGUGUCCUGGCAACAGCACACUACCCCGAGACGCUAGAUCGCAUCUUUAUUGUCGGAGCCCCCUCGUUCUUCCCUACCGUCUGGGGGUGGGUCAAGCGCUGGUUUGACCCUGUGACCACAUCCAAAAUCUUCAUCCUGUCCGCCGCAGAAGUCAACCCGACCCUCACAUCCUUCAUGGAACCUACCAGCAUCCCCAAGCAAUACGGUGGCGAUCUGGAGUGGCAAUGGGGCGACAUGCCCAACCUAGACUCCGAAGCCGAAGAGAAACUUGCCGGCGUAGCACGCGGCGAGAAGAAGGAGCUUCUCAAGGGCCCCAUGGUUUUCAAUGGCGACAACAUCGAGGUGCUGGGCACCGAGAACGGCAAGGAGCGCCGCGAGACUGUCCCCGUCCCUCAGGCAGGAAAGACGGCGCAGCAAUUGGAGAAGGAUGAAAACAAGCUUGCGGAAGCCACGGAGACUGCUACUAAUGGCGAUGCUCUUGCGGACGAAAAGGUCCCGGUGAAUGUCAAUCCGGUGAGCGACGAGGCGCCGACUACCACUACCACGGCAUAG